GCCUACGAGGCUGCACUGUCAAGCCUCGGGCUGUUCUUGAGUGCUCAGCGACACUGUCGCCCAUCGGCCGGAACGAGCUUGACGUGCUGGCCUGCAAUGAUUGAUCAAGAGGGUCAUGCUGGGAGCAUCUGGUGCAGUGACUUGUCAGUGUAUCUGCAUUUGUUCUUCUACCGACAAUACAAAGGAUCGACUUCGAAGGGCUUCAUUAACCUCGCUACACACUCGCUGCAAUCCAAAAACUACCUCCCAAUGUCUUGUCAACUGCAUUCAUCGACUCGAACUUUGCCUUUCUGAGCCACCAAGCGGAACGGAUCGUACUUGCCAGGAAAGUACCAACGGCCUGCGGGUGGGCGAAGAAAGAAACUUGUCUUUCGUGUCGCUGGCAAAGACGGAUCAGAAGCAGCUGCGCUAUGGGAUCCUUACUCGCGCAGCAUUCAUCCACGAUCCACUGAAGAGCGUCCUCCUAACAGUGAGGGGAUUUCCAGUCGGUAUCAGGGUUGGCUUUCCAGUCGGUAUCAGGGUUGGCUUUCCAAUGUGCCGUGUGGGAGGUCGUUCGAUUCUCUAGAGCUAAAACCCGCCUGGAACCCCUUUCUGAAAAGAACCUUCCGCAUCAUCCUUCGCGCUGGUCUUGCGAAGCUUCUGGUGGGAAGCCGUGCCAUACGAUGUGAUCGAGUCUUGGAAGUCGUAUGCAAAGGUC